UACGGAGGGUCCACAGACAGCGGCGGCGUGCAGAGUGCAUGCAGCAUGCAGACUGGCCAUUGACGCUCCUGUUGGAUUGAACACACAUGCACGGACACACACACCCCUUGAGGAGUGUAUGAGACAUGCCCAGGCUGCUGUUCAUGGACACACACACACUGGCAGGGCACCAGAGAGGAAAUACAGCAGACCCCUGAGCCUGAGGAGCUAUGGAGAGCAGCAUGUUCUUUGGUAACACAUGUCAAAAUGGCCUCAUGCCUGCCCUGGUGCGUCCCACCCUGCCUGCUGCCGUCCAGACCUCACUGGGCAUGAAGCAGUUUCUGCCAUUUCCACUUGAAACGGCCUCGGCGGUCAGCCUCUUCCCAGGAUUCAACACGAUGGACCCGGUGCAGAAAGCUGUCCUCCAUCACACCCUCGGCCUCCCUCCCACCGCCAAGAGGAAGCACGUCUCCUGCAGCGUUUGCCAGCUGAGGUUCAACUCACAGAGCCAGGCCUUGGCCCACUACAAGGGGACCAAACAUGCCAAGAAGCUAAAAGCCCUGGAUGCUCCGAAGAGUAAGCUCAAAGGCUCAGUGGUCACCAAGGAAACCACCAACCAGGAGAUCGCCAAGGGUAUCAACACCUCGCAGGUCCCCAAUGGCACCGACAGGAAAGAUGGCGUCCUCCCCGGUGCUGUUCCACUACCGCUCUCCCCUGUGCUCAGACUGGCACAACCCUUGGCAACCCCUACAAUGCCGACGCCGGUGCCUGCGGCCUCGCCGAUAGUCCCGAGCAGCACGGCAGCCACAGCCCCAGAGACUACCUCAGCUGCCGGAGGGGACGAGAGGCAACCAAAGCUCAACGCACCCUCAGAACCAGACCUGGAGCCCGAGGCCGAACCCGAGGCGGAGACGGACGCGGAAACAGAGGAGGAGAAAGCUCGGCGUCUUUUGUACUGCUCGCUCUGCAAGGUGGCGGUCAACUCUGCGUCACAGCUGGAGGCCCACAACAGCGGUACGAAGCACAAGACGAUGCUCGAGGCCAGGAGCGGCGUGGGCUCCAUCAAGUCCUUCCCCCGGCCGGGAGUCAAAAGCAAACUGGCAACGUCCACCAAAUCGUCGACGGGCCUGCAGAACAAAACGUUUUACUGUGAGACGUGUGAUGUGCAUGUCAACUCCGAGACUCAGCUAAAACAGCACAUCAGCAGCCGGCGUCAUAAAGACCGGGCAGCGGGUAAACCGGCCAAACCUAAAUACAGCCCCUACAGCAAGCCGCAGAAAGGCCAGACCAAGCAGCCGAUAAAGCUGACCUUGGGAAAGGAGCGCCAGUGUCAGCAUCUGUCCGCCCAGAUCAUACCUGCUCACCUGGCAGCAGUGGCAGCAGCUGCCGCCGCCGCCAUCGGCAACUCUUUCACGCACCGCACGAACCACGCCACUAACCACGCCCCGACCACUGCCCUCUUCCAGACACAGACCCUCCCCGCUGCCCUGCUCCGCCCGGCCCCUGGGCCUGUCAGGACCUCCCACCCACAGGUCCUAUUUGCCCCUUAUUGACCUGUUGUUUGACCUGGGCGGAGCUGCCCCACCUCCCGUCAAGGACCAAACCAUGUGCUUCACCCACACCAGGCCAAGGAGUCGUGUCAGUACCUGUACUCCUUCUAUGCAUCCAGGAUACUGAACAUCUUCACACCGAGAUCAAACCUCUCACCUGUCCUCAUAUGGAUUAUCCCGCAUUCAAAGCUAAACUGGAUGACGGCAGAGCAUUGGGCGCUUUCUGGUGAUGGAUUUAUUUCUCGAAUCCCACUGAAACCUGGACUGUACAUGCUUUCUGUGCCAUCCUGCAGCCCGUGGCUCACACCCAGACCCCAGACUUGGACCUACAUUGUACCGCAAUAAUGUAUAAGACUAACCCCGUGAACUAUGCAGUGUCAUUAUUUCAUGAUGUAAGGCACAGUUUGAGCUAAAAAUACGGUAGGGAUGUGCUUUUUGUAAAGAUACAGCGUGGCACUAAGAUCAUUGCUUUAGUGGAGGAUUACUGUCGCUCAUAAUUUAAAAGGCUGUUACUGAUCAUAAGAGCGAGCAAAGCCCUCCUCUGUUCCUGUAUGCACUUUAAGCCCCUCCUCUGUUGAUGUCUACAUUAGAUGGCUAGACUGUGUUAGAUGGUUAGAGUAUGUGUCGUAAUGUGUGUUUUUGUAUUCGUCCUUGCAUUAUCUGUGUGUGUGUGUGUGUGUG